CCGCGGACUCGCCACUUGCGGCUGCCGCUCGGGCUGGGCGGCGACGGCUGCGGGACUGAAGGGCCGCCCGGAGGCGGCGCGGCCUCGGAGGGCUGGAGCGCAGUGCCGGUGGCGGCGCGGGCGGUGGCUGCCCCGAGCCGACGUGAGCAGGCUCUGAAAGGGUUCCAGCUGAAGUUUCUGAGCAGACCAGUCACUGCAGCUCCCUAAGCUGAGUUUCCAAGCUGCCUGUGCAUGCCAUUGACCAGCUGCAGGAUGGUGCCCGUGGCCAGGCUGCUGUCGCUGCUCCUCGCCUUCUUCCUCUGCGCCUGUGCUGAGACACCUCCCAGGUUUACAAGAACUCCAGUUGAUCAGACAGGGGUCUCUGGUGGAGUUGCAUCUUUCAUUUGUCAAGCUACAGGGGAACCAAGACCUAAAAUUGUCUGGAACAAAAAAGGAAAGAAAGUCAGCAACCAGAGAUUUGAGGUAAUAGAAUUUGAUGAUGGAUCUGGAUCAGUUCUCAGAAUACAGCCCUUAAGGACUCCACGAGAUGAGGCCAUUUAUGAAUGUGUGGCCUCGAAUAAUGUCGGAGAAAUAAGUGUGUCCACCAGACUCACAGUUUUACGUGAGGAUCAGAUUCCUAGGGGUUUCCCUACCAUUGACAUGGGCCCACAGUUGAAGGUGGUGGAACGUACCCGCACUGCCACCAUGCUGUGUGCAGCGAGCGGUAAUCCGGAUCCAGAAAUCACUUGGUUUAAAGAUUUUUUACCAGUUGACACAAGCAACAACAAUGGUCGUAUUAAGCAGUUACGAUCAGGUGGUACACCAAUAAGAGGAGCCCUGCAGAUCGAACAGAGUGAAGAAUCUGACCAAGGGAAAUAUGAGUGUGUUGCCACCAACAGCGCGGGCACUCGCUACUCUGCCCCUGCCAAUUUAUAUGUCAGAGAGCUGCGAGAAGUUCGCCGUGUUCCACCAAGAUUCUCUAUCCCACCCACAAAUCAUGAAAUAAUGCCAGGUGGAAGUGUUAAUAUCACCUGUGUGGCAGUGGGGUCACCUAUGCCUUAUGUGAAGUGGAUGUUGGGGGCAGAAGAUCUGACACCUGAAGAUGAUAUGCCAAUAGGAAGAAAUGUCCUAGAACUGAAUGAUGUAAGACAGUCAGCAAAUUACACCUGUGUAGCUAUGUCAACACUUGGUGUCAUUGAAGCAAUAGCACAGAUCACUGUCAAAGCCUUACCCAAGCCCCCUGGAACUCCAGUAGUGACUGAGAGCACAGCUACAAGCAUCACACUUACAUGGGACUCUGGGAACCCCGAGCCUGUCUCUUACUACAUCAUUCAACAUAAACCUAAAAAUUCUGAAGAACCAUACAAGGAAAUUGAUGGGAUAGCAACUACACGCUACAGUGUUGCUGGACUAAGUCCCUACUCGGAUUAUGAAUUUAGAGUUGUUGCUGUCAAUAACAUUGGUCGAGGUCCACCAAGUGAACCUGUAUUAACACAGACCUCAGAGCAAGCACCAUCCAGUGCCCCACGGGAUGUCCAGGCACGUAUGUUGAGUUCUACCACCAUUUUGGUACAGUGGAAGGAACCUGAGGAGCCAAAUGGACAAAUCCAAGGAUAUAGAGUUUAUUAUACAAUGGACCCCACCCAGCAUGUCAACAACUGGAUGAAACACAAUGUAGCUGACAGCCAAAUCACUACUAUUGGCAAUUUAGUACCCCAAAAAACAUACUCUGUCAAAGUCCUAGCUUUUACCUCAAUUGGAGAUGGCCCUCUUUCAAGUGACAUACAAGUCAUCACCCAGACAGGAGUACCAGGACAGCCACUAAACUUCAAAGCAGAACCUGAAUCUGAAACAAGUAUUUUGCUGUCUUGGACACCGCCACGUUCAGAUACCAUUGCCAGUUAUGAACUGGUCUACAGAGAUGGGGAGCAAGGAGAAGAGCAACGAAUCGCCAUUGAGCCAGGUGCAUCUUACAGGCUGCAAGGACUGAAACCAAACAGCCUCUACUACUUCCGUUUGUCAGCACGCUCUCCUCAAGGCCUGGGUGCUUCUACGGCUGAAAUAUCAGCUAGAACAAUGCAAUCAAAGCCAUCAGCUCCUCCUCAAGAUAUUAGUUGCACCAGCCCAAGUUCCACUAGUAUUUUGGUAAGUUGGCAACCUCCACCAGUGGAAAAACAGAAUGGCAUUAUCACUGAAUACUCCCUCAAGUAUGCUGCAGUGGAUGGGGAAGACUACAAGCCUCAUGAGGUUUUGGGAAUUCCUUCGGAUACUACCAAAUACCUUUUGGAACAGCUGGAAAAAUGGACUGAAUACCGGAUCACAGUGACUGCCCACACAGAUGUCGGCCCUGGCCCUGAGAGCUUGUCCGUGUUGAUUCGAACCGAUGAAGAUGUUCCCAGUGGUCCUCCUCGAAAAGUCGAGGUGGAGGCUGUCAAUGCCACGGCUGUUAAAGUCUCGUGGCGCUCACCUGUGCCCAAUAAGCAGCAUGGCCAGAUAAGAGGAUAUCAGGUGCACUAUGUGAGAAUGGAAAACGGCGAGCCCAAGGGCCAGCCUAUGCUGAAGGACAUCAUGCUGGCUGAUGCACAGUGGGAAUUUGAUGAUACUACUGAACAUGAAAUGAUCAUCUCUGGGCUGCAGCCUGAAACUUCCUACUCCCUCACUGUCACAGCUUAUACCACCAAAGGAGAUGGUGCUCGAAGCAAGCCCAAACUAGUGUCCACCACUGGGGCAGUUCCAGGGAGACCCCGGCUUGUGAUUAACCACACUCAAAUGAAUACUGCUCUCAUUCAGUGGCACCCCCCUGUGGACACAUUUGGACCCCUUCAGGGUUACCGACUAAAGUUUGGCAGGAAAGACAUGGAGCCACUCACUACUCUUGAAUUUUCUGAGAAAGAAGACCACUUUACAGCCACAGACAUCCACAAGGGCGCAUCAUAUGUCUUCAGACUCUCAGCCAGAAACAAAGUGGGCUUUGGGGAGGAAAUGGUGAAAGAAAUUUCUGUUCCAGAAGAAAUGCCAACUGGAUUUCCUCAAAACCUCCACUCAGAAGGCACAACUUCAACUUCCGUUCAAUUAUCUUGGCAACCACCUGUCUUGGCAGAGAGAAAUGGCGUCAUCACCAAAUAUACCAUCUUGUAUAGGGAUAUCAACAUUCCCCUUCUUCCAGUGGAGCACCUUAUUGUUCCAGCUGACACCUCUAUGACACUCACUGGCUUAAAAUCUGAUACUACAUAUGAUGUAAAAGUACGUGCUCACACGAGCAAAGGGCCCGGGCCAUAUAGUCCCAGUGUCCAGUUCAGGACACUGCCUGUGGAUCAAGCAGUGUUUGCAAAAAAUUUUCAUGUCAAAGCAGUUAUGAAGACUUCAGUGCUGCUGUCUUGGGAGAUUCCAGAGAAUUAUAAUUCUGCUAUGCCUUUCAAAAUUCUUUAUGAUGAUGGGAAAAUGGUAGAAGAAGUAGAUGGCCGAGCUACCCAGAAGUUAAUUGUUAACCUCAAGCCUGAGAAAUCAUAUUCCUUUGUGUUAACCAAUCGUGGGAACAGUGCUGGUGGAUUACAGCAUAGGGUAACUGCAAAGACUGCUCCAGAUGUGCUCCGUACCAAGCCUGCCUUCAUUGGGAAGACCAACUUGGAUGGCAUGAUUACUGUGCAGUUACCUGAUGUUCCUGCAAAUGAAAAUAUAAAGGGUUACUACAUUAUAAUUGUGCCUUUGAAGAAGUCUCGUGGGAAAUUCAUCAAGCCAUGGGAGAGCCCUGAUGAAAUGGAGUUAGACGAGCUGCUUAAGGAGAUAUCUAGGAAGCGCAGAAGCAUCCGUUAUGGGAGAGAAGUUGAAUUAAAGCCAUAUAUUGCUGCUCACUUUGAUGUCCUUCCCACUGAGUUCACCCUGGGGGAUGACAAACAUUAUGGUGGAUUUACAAACAAGCAACUCCAAAGUGGACAAGAAUAUGUUUUCUUUGUGUUAGCAGUGAUGGACCAUGCAGAGUCUAAGAUGUAUGCAACCAGCCCAUACUCCGACCCUGUUGUGUCAAUGGAUCUGGAUCCACAGCCAAUCACAGAUGAAGAGGAAGGCUUGAUAUGGGUCGUAGGUCCUGUGCUUGCUGUGGUCUUUAUCAUCUGUAUUGUGAUUGCUAUUCUUCUGUAUAAAAGCAGUAAACCUGACAGGAAGAGGGCAGAGUCGGAAUCCAGAAAGAGCAGCUUACCAAACAAUAAGGAGGUGCCUUCACAUCACCCAACAGACCCAGUAGAGCUGAGGCGCCUUAACUUUCAAACACCAGGUUCAGAUGAUUCCGGUUACCCUGGUAACCUUCAUUUUUCAAGUAUGGCUAGCCAUCCUCCAAUACCUAUCUUGGAACUUGCAGAUCAUAUUGAGAGGUUGAAAGCAAAUGACAACCUGAAGUUUUCCCAGGAAUAUGAGUCAAUUGACCCUGGCCAGCAGUUCACAUGGGAACACUCAAACUUGGAAGUAAACAAACCAAAGAACAGAUAUGCAAAUGUCAUUGCAUAUGAUCACUCUAGGGUUCUCUUAUCAGCAAUAGAAGGUAUUCCAGGAAGUGACUAUGUGAAUGCCAACUACAUAGAUGGAUAUAGGAAACAAAAUGCCUAUAUUGCAACACAGGGAUCUCUUCCUGAAACAUUUGGGGACUUUUGGAGAAUGAUAUGGGAGCAACGGAGUGCCACAGUUGUCAUGAUGACAAAGCUAGAAGAAAGGUCAAGGGUGAAGUGUGACCAGUAUUGGCCCAGCAGAGGCACUGAAACUCAUGGGCUGGUCCAGGUGACACUGCUGGAUACUGUGGAGCUGGCCACAUACUGUGUCAGGACCUUUGCGCUUUAUAAGAAUGGCUCAAGUGAGAAGAGGGAAGUGAGGCAAUUCCAGUUCACUGCCUGGCCUGAUCAUGGAGUUCCAGAGCACCCCACGCCAUUCCUCGCUUUCUUACGAAGAGUCAAAACUUGUAACCCUCCUGAUGCAGGGCCGAUGGUUGUGCACUGCAGUGCGGGUGUUGGCCGGACCGGCUGUUUCAUUGUAAUAGAUGCCAUGUUAGAAAGAAUAAAGCAUGAAAAAACUGUAGAUAUUUAUGGCCAUGUAACUUUAAUGAGAGCCCAGAGGAAUUACAUGGUGCAAACAGAGGACCAGUACAUCUUUAUCCAUGAUGCGCUGUUAGAAGCAGUGACAUGUGGAAAUACCGAAGUGCCGGCUAGAAACUUGUAUGCCUACAUUCAGAAGCUGACACAAAUAGAAACAGGGGAGAAUGUCACCGGAAUGGAGCUCGAAUUUAAGCGUCUAGCCAGCUCAAAAGCUCACACCUCAAGAUUCAUCAGUGCCAAUCUUCCAUGUAAUAAAUUCAAAAACCGCCUUGUUAAUAUUAUGCCAUAUGAAUCCACAAGGGUGUGCCUGCAGCCUAUCCGAGGAGUAGAAGGCUCUGAUUACAUCAAUGCCAGUUUUCUUGAUGGAUACAGACAACAGAAAGCCUACAUUGCUACUCAGGGGCCCUUAGCAGAGACGACUGAAGACUUCUGGCGCAUGCUGUGGGAGCACAAUUCCACCAUUGUUGUGAUGCUCACCAAGCUGAGAGAAAUGGGCAGAGAGAAAUGUCACCAGUACUGGCCUGCAGAACGAUCUGCAAGAUACCAGUAUUUUGUUGUGGAUCCCAUGGCUGAGUACAACAUGCCGCAGUAUAUCCUGAGGGAAUUCAAGGUCACAGAUGCCAGGGACGGCCAGUCCCGAACAGUGAGGCAGUUUCAAUUCACUGACUGGCCAGAGCAAGGAGUGCCAAAGUCUGGAGAAGGAUUUAUUGACUUCAUCGGCCAAGUCCAUAAAACAAAGGAACAGUUUGGCCAAGAUGGGCCCAUUUCAGUGCAUUGCAGUGCUGGCGUUGGAAGAACGGGAGUCUUUAUAACCCUGAGUAUUGUGUUGGAAAGAAUGAGAUAUGAAGGGGUGGUAGAUAUCUUCCAGACAGUCAAAAUGUUAAGAACACAGCGACCAGCCAUGGUACAAACAGAGGAUCAAUAUCAGUUCUGCUAUCGAGCCGCACUAGAAUACCUGGGCAGCUUUGAUCACUAUGCAACGUAGAAUCCCCUGCCCCCUUCCGGAUUUUUACUACAGGCCCUUCUCUAUCCAUGGAGUCUCUUCUGAGCCAUACAGGGCACUUGAGAAGUCCUUCUUAACUUCUAGUUAACAUCCACUUAGUGGGACUAUUACAAAACAAA